AUGGAUUUUGACGAGCGCAUUUCUGGCUCAAACAUGUACCUCCCCAGCUGCACUUACUACGACUUCUCGGGGAUUCCGCACUACUUGAGCCAGGGCCAGUCGUCCUGCCCCGUGUCCUACUCUUACCAGCCACAGGUCCCGUCAGUGCGCGAUGUGGCGUUCAGGGACUAUGGCAUUGACGCGUCCAGCAAGUGGCACCAUCACAGCAGGGGGCUCUCGCACUGCUUCGCGGAGGACAGAGACGCCUGGGCAAGUUCUGUUAAAAACGGCCCCACUGUCAACUCCAAUCCCACGCCGGGGUUUUACGCGAGCGUGGGCAGGAACGGGGUCUUGCCACAAGCGUUUGACCAGUUCUUUGAGACGGCGUACGGGCAGGAAAACACAAGCACAACGCAUAUUACUCCAGGCACAACAGCUACGGGUGAGAGCAGCGUGGACAGAGAGCAACAGCGAGCCAAAGCCACCAGUCCUGCCUCUGCCACAGGCUCCGAGAUCUCCGCGGACAGCCCACGGUCUGUGUCCGGUCACAGCGACGACAAGCACAGCAAAGGCAGUGGUGGCCACAAGACGCGCAAGAAGAGAUGUCCUUAUUCCAAGUACCAGAUCCGGGAGCUGGAGAGAGAGUUCUUCUUCAGUGUUUACAUCAACAAGGAGAAACGUGUGCAGCUCUCCCGGAUGCUCAACCUGACCGACCGCCAGGUGAAGAUCUGGUUCCAGAACCGCAGGAUGAAGGAAAAGAAGCUGAACAGAGACAGACUGCAGUAUUACACCACGAACCCGCUGCUAUGA